AUGUGCUAUAUUAAUGAAUGGCCAAAAAGGUUUCUGAAAACAUUUGUUCAACAGUACAGUGAUUAUCAGGUUAAUCUACUAAUUGACAAUGAAGCAGAGAAGGAUUACCUUUAUGAUGUGCUGCGGAUGUACCACCAAUCUAUGAAUCUCCCAGUGCUUGUGGGGGACCUAAAACUUGUGAUUAAUGAACCAAGCAGGUUGCCUCUAUUUGAUGCUAUCCGCCCACUUAUUCCAUUAAAACACCAGGUGGAAUAUGAUCAGCUUACACCGAAAAGAUCACGAAAGCUGAAAGAGGUGAGAUUGGAUCGUUUGCAUCCUGAAGGACUGGGAAUAAGUGUGAGAGGUGGAGUGGAAUUUAGCUGUGGCCUCUUCAUCUCCCAGCUAGUUAAAGGAGGACAGGCAGACAAUGUUGGACUUCAGGUUGGAGAUGAGAUAGUUCGUAUAAAUGGAUAUUCCAUUUCAUCAUGCACACACGAAGAAGUCAUAAACCUCAUUCGUACAAAGAAAAUAGUGUCCAUAAAAGUAAGACAUAUUGGCAUGAUACCUGUCAAAAGUUCAGCAGAUGAACCCCUUAAAUGGCAAUAUGUGGAUCAAUUUGUAUCAGACUCUGGGGGCAGUGUUGCUGGUCUUGCUUCUUCUGGAGGGAGAGACAGUAAAGAGAAGAAAGUCUUCAUUAGCUUGAUUGGUACAAAAGGCAUGGGAUGCAGUAUUUCCAGUGGUCCAACGCAAAAACCAGGCAUUUUUAUCAGCAACGUUAAGCCGGGUUCUCUGUCAGCAGAGGUGGGCUUAGAGGUUGGUGAUCAGAUUGUUGAGGUAAAUGGAGUGGACUUUUCUAAUGUGGAUCAUAAAGAGGCUGUCAGAGUGCUCAAAAGUAGUCGUACUUUGACUAUCUCUGUGUUAGCAGGCGCUGGAAAGGAGCUGUUCAUGACUGAAGCAGACAGACAAAGAGAAGCACGUCUUCGUGAGCAAGAACGCCAGGAGUUAAUGCAUCAGAAGCGACUUGCGCUGGAGACUAACAAAAUCAUCAAAGAGCAGCAAGAGAAAAAGAGAUUAAGAAAACUGGAGAUUUCCCAGAAGGCUGCAGAGGAAGAAGAGAGAUAUCGCAGAGAAAUAGAGCAAAUAACAGCAGAGGAAGAGAAAUUUAAAAAGGAGUGGGAAGAAGACUGGGGUCCUAAAGAACCUCCCAAAUCUCUCAAAACUGUAACUGCAGAAGUGCACUCUACCCCUCGUUCUAAACACAAAACUUUGGGAUGGUUUUAUCGGUAUGAAGGAAAAUUUCCCACAAUCUGCAAGAAAGGAAAAGAGCGAAAGAAGUCAAAAAGUGACAGUCUGUGUGAACAGAAGAAGAAUAAAAAGGAAAUGGAGUUCGAGCAAAAACUUGCCAAAGAGAAAGAAGGAAUGUUGGAGAAAGAAAAACAACUGAAAAUAAAUCGUCUCGUGCAAGAGGUAUCUGAGACAGAACGAGAAGACCUGGAAGAGUCAGAAAAGGUGCAGCACUGGGUGGAAAGACUUUGUCAAACACGGUUAGAACAGAUUUCCUCUGUGGAGAAUGAGUCUCCUGAGUUGGCAAGUGGACGACCUUCUGCUUCUCCUUCUGCUUCUCCUUCUGCCCCAUCAAUGCGGCGUUUUGCCGGUGGCCUGCAGCUUCAUACCACAGAUCUUGAUGAUAUAAACUUAGAUGAAGUUGACAAGCCUAAACAACGUGUGGUGCCACCUCCACCACCACCACCCACUGUUGCUCCAGCAGCAUCAGCUCAUCCACUUCUUACACCAAAUGUUCCGCUUUCAAGAGGUCCAGCCCUAGCAGUAACACCAGCUUCCCAGCAACUUGCUCCAAGUCCACCUACCCGACGGCAUCCAGAGGUACCAAUAGUCUCUAAACCAGUCAUGCUGCAUCCUGACCCAAACUUUAUGGUCAGGCCAACAAUCAAAUCAGAGGCACUGCCGCAAGAGAUGUUUAAAAGGAUGGUGGUUUACAAUUCAUCAUUUAGAUCUAACAAAAAACAAGGCUUCCAGAAAUAUUUGGAAGAUUUUGACCCAUAUUCAAUGUUUACCCCAGAGCAGAUUAUGGGAAAAGAUGUACGGCUAUUACGAAUUAAAAAGGAAGGAUCUUUAGACCUUGCAGUUGAGGGAGGAAUUGAUUCUCCAGUUGGAAAGAUAGUCGUGUCUGCCAUCUAUGAGGGUGGUGCUGCAGACAAACAUGGAGGCAUAGUGAAAGGGGAUGAAAUACUGGCUGUAAACGGCAAGAUACUAAUUGACAGCAGGCUGACAGAAGCACAGGCAACUCUAGCAAAAGCUUGGAACAUGGGUGGGGAUUGGAUUGACUUAGUCAUUGCAGCAUCACCUCCAAAGGAAUAUGAUGAUGAAAUCCCUACUAUUCCCUCAUCAACAGUCAGUCCCAACACACACAGAAAGGUUUUUGAAGGCAGUGCACCCGUGUACAGACAAGGGUAUCUCCUGCAGCUGUAG